UUGCCGUGCUUUCGCAAGUGAAAAUUCGUCGCCACUCUGCCGCAGCAGAAAAAACCUCAGCAAAACUAUAUAGAAAAAAAAAACAGCAAAACUAACAACAAAAUCAGGAAAACAAUUGCAAAUAGAAACGUGCCAUAUAAUUGCGAAAAACGUUUGCAUAACGUGAGGCGUUGAAAAGUGCGAGCAAUCUGCGAAAGAUUUUUCCAGCAAGCCGUGUGGAUUUUCAAGGACCCCCGUGUGGGUGUACCACUGGCAGGUACUCGCUGUGUAUCUGUGUGUGCGGCUCAAGUGCAAUUAUAAAUGGCGUAAUUUGUGCGCCGUGGCGGCCGUGUCAUGAACAUAGCCGAACCAGUGCAUCCUAGAGUGGACCUAUACUGUACCAGGAUCAAGACGACUCCGCGGGGGCGCAGCAAACGGACGGAGGCUCGCCGGAAAAGCGAGUUCCUUCGCCGACAACACGCAAAAUGGAUGAAUGCGACAACCCAGUCGUCGUCUCACUAGGAAAACUCACAUCACAGCAGCUGAACGAGGGGGUCGCCGAGCCGAGCGCGGAAAAUUCGGAUCAGGAGCAGGCACUUUGUGACUACAAAGAGCCGAACAUCGAUGAUAAGGAAGCACUCCUCGAGCAGGACCUUCACAAAUCAUCAGUCGAGGAGGACGCAGCCAACGACGCGGAAGUCGAGGCAGUCAUCAUGGGACAGGCGGAGAGCAAGAAGCAGGGCAGCAAGUCGGGUCGCCGCCAGCACAAUGGCAACGGAAAUAGUAAUGGCAAUCCCACGGAGGCGAUGGAACAGAAUCAGACGGUGCACACCAAAGGCACCGCAAUGUCCUUUGGCUUCCGCAAAAAGCUCAAUGGGACGCCCAAGAAGUUCAAGAAGCUCCUGGAAGGCGGCGACAAAAGCGCAACUCGCACAGACACAAAGGAUGACAACGGAAAUGCAGCUGUUCCCAUUCACUUCGAGAAAGUAGGCGCCGCCGCUGUCCAGAAAGCUGGGACUUUGGCGACAGGUGCGGCCGGCGGACGUUUCGGUUAUCGUGGGGCGGUGCCACGCCCCUCCUCUGCAGGCUUCACUGCGCCCAGUGAAGAUUCCGAAUCGGAAUCGAUGGCCAAUGCCCAGAACAACAUCAACAACAACAAUAACAAUAAUAAUGGACGUGGAGCGGAGAAUGGUCCGGUGUUGGUGAGCAAUUUGAAACGCCGCUCCAAGAGCGCACACGCCGGACGAUCCGGCGAUGGGGAGCCCAAAAUAGCCCAGCCCAAGACGCUGACGUUCAACCUGAAUCAGAACACCACCAUCGAGUACCAGCGGCGUCAGUUCUUCGGCGAGAUCGCGGACGAAACGUCGGGUUCCGCAUCCGGAUCGGGAACGGGAUCGAGAGCCAUACAGCCGAGAUAUAACUACAACAACCUGGCCAGCAUGCAUGCCAAUGUCAUAGUUCGCCCCACACCGCGACCCACUCCAGCCAGCUAUGCCAAGUUCACCCUGCAGACAGUGAGCCUGCCCAGGCCGGAGUACCCGGUGGCCAUCAGUUUGACAGCCACCACACCAACCACGCCCAGCAGCAGUGUGCAGUCACCCGUGCCCGCCCAUUCGACAGGUGCCAGGGCCAAGGACAUUUCGACCAGUUCCAGGCAACAUCCUUUGACUUCAGUCCAUGUCCAACCACAGUCGCGUCAUCUUGACCAGAAGAGCGUGAAGCAGAUAACGAAUAACUCCACGCGACGAGGAUUCUCGGGAAGCAGGGAGAUUAGCGCCGAUUCUGGGAUAGCCAGCAUGGACAUGGCUUUGGACAGCAGCUCGGGAAGCUCGGUGGGUUCCAAGCGGAGUCGAAGCAGGCCAAGGAACCUGAAGAUGGUGAUGAGUGGACGGCACACAUUCGAGGUGCGCGAUGCGGAUGAUCCGCCAUCCAGUGAGUCCAACUCGUUUGUGGAACCGCUGGCAUUGCCAAAGUUACCCACUGAUGGCAGUCAGAGUAUUCCACUGCCAUUACUGGGCUUGGUGCGAUCCAAUACGGUGUUGAGUCGGGAGUCUUACGAGCGACGUCAGGCGGAAACUCCAGGAUCCCAGGAUCAGCAGGAUUCGGAAAAACCCAAGACCAGCGGCUCCGAUGAAAGCGAGAGUGUGGAUGAAGAGAAACUCUACUUGGACUCGUCUACCUCCGAAAAGAGUGCCAAACAUCAGAGCCAAUCGUCAGUGGCCUCCACUUGGCGUCACCAGGCGGGUGAAUCUCUGGCCGCCCAGGAUUGCAGCAGCAUGAGCAUGAGCAUCAGUAGCGACACCCACGCCCCGGAAAAUCCGCGCGAUAAUGACAAGGAGGAGGACAUGUCCUUGGGUCUGGAUGAGAUCAGACUGAUCAACACCGACAUGCAGUUUAGCACAAUCUCUUCAAUGACGGAAACUCCACCCAAAGUGGGUCAGGAGUCCCUGCUCAAUCUCCACCUGGUGGACAAUCGGGAGGCAGGCACCUCGCGUCCCCGCUCCUUCAACAAUGCUCUUAAUGAAUCCAAGUUUGCCGAGCUGGCUCUGGCCAGUAGUAGUUGCCUCCUGUUGGAUGAUGAGACAUCGCCCACAGAUAGUUUGGUCAGCAGCACCGAGGAUUCCGAGGAGGCGGGUGGCAAGUUGCAGAAGCACAAGCUCAAUGAGGAGCGUCAGCAGAAGGAUAUCGAUGACAUCGACAUAGAUGAUAUUUCACCGGUUCUCGAACUGGAUCUGGAUCCUCCAGGUGGCCGAAGUCCCAUUUCUCCUGGCACUCCAACUCAUGCAUCUCAUUCCCUUUCUUUGGGUUCGGAUUGUGGAAAUCUCAUAGAUGAUGAGAUUGCCGAUCAGCCAGCUCUGCUGUGCAACAGUGAAGCCCAUGAGGUGGCCACCGAUACGCCCACAUUGAUGGAAACCCUUACCCACACGCAAACAGGAUCCCUGAGAUCCUUGAAGAGUCAGUCGAAGGCACGUACCGCCUUGCAGCAGGCCAUCGAGUUGAGUUUGCGGACUCCGGCUGCGGUGCGAAAGGCAGUUAUGGAUCGAGCCGAAUCCUUGGAUACUCUAUCGCCCUGCGAAUCCAUUUGCUCCGAUGACCUGAUGAUGGACUUCGAUAUGAACAGCAGCGUGGACUCCAUCGAUCACAUGGCCAAUUCAAUGGGACGCAGUCGCAGUGGCUCGGAUCUUCACAAGAUUGGUGGUCAGGAAAUCGAUCCCAUGCAGGCGGAAACUGAGGCGGAACUUCUAUCCGAGUUGGAGCGCAGGGGCAGUGAUGUGAUGAAGGAGCUCAAUACUUUGCUGCGAGGAAGGAGGCAGCGCGGAGGACCAAGGGAGAGGAUUAGCGCCCAAUUGCCAGCGCGUGCCACCAGAUUGCUGAACCGCUCACGUCUGCAGGACCAACAGCUCGCCGGCAACGAUUCGGAUAACAGCUUGAGGUCAUCCCACAGCGGCGGAGCUUCGGCGGCGGCCAGGAAGCGCAGCACGGCCAACUCAAGGACCUCGUCGGGUUCCACGGCCAGCCUGCCCCGUCAGCGUCAUCUGCAGCAGCAGCAUCUGGGAUUGGGUGGCGGAGCAGGAGGUGGAGGUGGUGGAGCCACUGCGUCCGGUACAUCCACCCAGAGGUGCGGGGGAGAGCUGCACAGCUCGUCGGACGAUCUAAUGUUGUAUGACAAGUCCUUCCGCAAUGCGAUGAUCCAGGAUGUGCUGCAGUUCAAGAAGCAGCUGCUCCGACUGCGGCGAAUACUCCAGGAGCCCCAAAAGGAGCCAGAUUUUGAUUUGAAGCGGACGGAAACGCUCAAUCCCUUCGAGAACGACAACGUCCAGCUGUUCGCCGCCUGCGGAUUGGACAGCAAGCAGCUGAAUGACAUCGAUCUGGCCAGCCUGACCUCGUCCACGACGGAGGAUCCGCUCCAGGAGCUAUCGGAUCUACGUAGACAGGUGGUUUACCUUCAGGGUCAAGUGGACGAUCGUGAUCGCACCAUUCGCCUGCAGCGCGAUCUCAUCGAGCAACUGGAGGCCGAGAAGAUGCAGAAGGCUUCGCACGGACCUGGAUCUGGCGGGGAUCAGGCCAAGGAGCUCAUCAGCAUGGCCACCCAAACGGAGCGGACACGACCACUUGCCAUUGGUGCGGAGGGUUUGUCCAGAAGUAAGCCCGAAUAUACCAGUUAUACCACGCACUUUCCGAUGCUCCACUUGCACGAUUCCACGCUGGCAGCCACCACGAUAAUCCGUCAUCACCAGAGCAACCACCACCAGCAUGAGCAGCUCCAGCAGCAGCAGCAGCCGGAGAAAUCCUGUCCAGCUCUCAGCCAGACCCGCCGGCACACCAUUAUCUCCACCACGCUGACCAAUUACAAUCAGCAGCUGGCGGCGGCAUUUCCCGAUGCCACGCGACGCUCCUCCAUCGGCUGGGAUACCACAGCGACCACGCCCACGCCGCAUGGCAACGCCUCCAAGCCAGUGAGGAUUACGCUGAUCGGCGAGGCACUGCCGCUGCAGAGCAAGUCAUCAACCGGAUCGCUAUGCUCGUCAUCAUCAUCGUCGUCGUCCAACUCAUCAUCAACAUCCUUGUUGGCCCAAAAUGCCAAUGUGGUCAAGAUGCGCUAUCCCAAUGGCUGUCAGAGUGUCAAGAACGGAUCGAGUGCCCAUUAUCAGCCGUUGUACAACAGCAACAAGAUGACAAGCCCAACCGUAACUAUAGUCUGAUUUGGAUACCAGUUUUCAGUUUUCAGUUAUCGAACCCACAACUAAUUUGUCUUCUGACUGGCGCUCCACUUGGAAGCACGGAAUUCGUAAUUGUGAAAAUAGACCUAGUACAAGAUCUUAAUUAUUGUAAGCGCCAAUGUAUUUGCAUCUUAGCCAAGAGAAGAGCCCGGGAAAAGCAGUUUAGUAAAAUAUUUUCGUAUUAAGCAUACGUACUUUAAAUAUCUCCAAAUAUGUACUAUGUGUAUGUCCAUUGCUUCAAUAUAAUGUUAAACUUAAAUUUAAUCGUCUUUCUGCUGGCUUAGUUUUGGCUUCCAAAUGAAACUUUGUUAGCCAGAUAAACAUACAUUUAAUAACCGCCAAUCUGAGCAUUUUCAAGAGCCUCCAAACGGAAUAAUACCCAUUAGCACAAGGGCUAUAUACUCUUUGCAUAUGUAUAAUCUAAAGUAGAUCCUAGUUAAUUUUCCAUUGUUACUUGUUUUUGCCUAAGUUUUAGUCUAAGCUAGUGAGUUUUUCUUGUUUCAAUAUUCCCAUAAUUUGUACAAUAUGUCUAAUAUGUCCAAUCUCGCUAAAGAGGAGCAACAUUGAUAAGAGCAAAACAGAAUAUUUUUUCUCCAAGAGCACAAUAAUCGUCAAGUAAUUAACCGAUAUUAUAUAACGCAUACUGUAUGUAAACCACUAUUAAAGUUAUAGAAAGUACCUAUCAAUAGAAAGAAAGAUAAACUAG